AUGAGUGGCCGGGGGACAGCUCUUCAAGCGUCGCCAGCUCGCUCGGAGGGGGUAGAGGCAUCGUGUGCCUCCACCGUGGGCAAAGGCGUGUCGUUGAGGCAGUUGCCGCUUGUAGGGAGUGGGAUUUCAGUCUUGCGCGGUGGGCUGGACGGGAACGGUGGAAAUUUAUCUGGCGAGCCCCAGUUCACGUUUGGAACUGAGGCUGAAGCUGCCACACGCAGUUCGCAGCUUCUUGAAUAUGUGGGUCCCAUCGUCUUGCCCCUUUCGAACACGCAGUAUUCCAUAGCGAGCCAUAUUAAUUUCCUUAAGAAGUGGUACCUGUUGAUGCAUGUGGCCUACAUAUUACUUCUUGCGUUCAUUGGGUCUUUGCUAUUCUACGCGCUAGAGGCCGAUCUGCCGUACAUUGACGCCUUUUUCGUCGCCGUGUCUUCCGUCUGUUGCUGUGGGCUGCAGACGGUGGAUGUUUCGAGAUGGAAGCAGGGCACAAAUCUCCUGCGACACGCCCUUAUGAUUGGGGGAGGGAUGGUCUUCACGAGUGCCCACCAACCACUGCUGCGCAUAUGGAUGCUGAAUAGAAUGUGGCCUGUGCUCAAACGAUGCCCUGGGGAUUCUUUCCUAGAAGGACGAUUGCGAGCCUCAAGGCGCAGGUACGCGCAGCGGCUUUGGCACACCUCCGUCAUUUGCCUCCUUACACCGUUACUGUACUUUGUUAUCGUAAACGGUGCCCUGAUGUCUCUUUUGGCAAUAUUUAAUCAGUCUAACCUAAGCUCCUUGGAGGUGUUUGAGAUGGCAAUCGCCUCCUUUCACGGUUCCAUCUUCCUUCCAAUGGAGCAGUACACCAGGGACCCCGCUGUGGUGCUGAUGGUAACGAUAGGGUGUGGACUGGGAUUUACACUGUUUCCGGUGGUAUUGCGUGGCUUUUUCUACAUGGAGUGGUUUGUGUUUCGCGUACUGCGUCGAGUGUGCAGGCGCUGCCCAUCGUCGCCUACAGGCGAUGGGGAAAGCCCGACCGCGCCUUUACUGCAUGAGGAUUUGCACACUAUAUUUGCUGCGCCGGGGCACCAGCUUGCGAGGGACAUCUUUCCUCUCAGUGAUGUGCGCGAUGAAGUUUUUCCCGCCAGUCCAUGGGAGAAAGGGUUUCGCGACACGUUGUCAAGUGACCAACCCGUCUCAUUUCACGCCUUUUUGUUUGUACGCAGCGAGACCUUCUAUCUCGGGGUGGCUUGGUGCUUCAUCACCCUGGUCCAGGCCAUCCCUUUCUGGGUUCAGCAAUGGAGCGGCAAUGGGCUCCUUGCCCCCUUCUCUACGGCAUACAAAAUAUUUCUCUCCCUCUGCCAGGCUGCCGUGGUGCGGUUUGCCGCCGCUUCAUUUGUUUCGUGCUUGGAGUACAGCAACGCACACAUUGCCCUCACGAUUCUUUGUAUGUUUUUGCCAGCCCUUCCUAUUCCAACAGACCGUACGUACAGGAAAUGGAAACAGGUGUUUCGCACCUCCAUGGUGCGACUUCUCACUUCUCGACUUUUUUGCCUGUUUCUGGCCAUGCUCUGUCUUCUCUUUGGCGAGGAGGGAUGGCUUGCACAGGAGUUGGUGGGGACGCGUUUUGAUGCCAUGACACGUUCGCUAUUUGAGGUUAUCAGUGCCUUCGCGGGUUGUGGCUUGUCCUUGUCCCUGCCAGGGUCGGCGGUGUCUUUUGUAGGCUCUCUCGGCUCGUUUAGUAAGUUGGUCGUCGCUGCUGUGAUGCUUGGCGGCCGCCACCGCACCGUGGACUUGGGCAUUGAUCUGGGCUUUGCCGUGCUUGAGGCAGAUCAGCAAAUACAGUGCAGUGGUGCUUGA